CCAGGCGCCAUUUUGCUGAGGGGAGGUGACAUUCUAAAGGCGGUGGGGUCUAUACCUGUGUCGGUAGUGGUGCUCAGACCGGCGACAGCCCUCAGUUACAAUGGGGAACGUUUUUGAGAAGCUGUUUAAAAGCCUCUUUGGGAAAAAAGAAAUGCGGAUUCUUAUGGUGGGCUUGGAUGCAGCUGGGAAGACCACCAUCUUGUAUAAACUGAAGCUGGGCGAGAUUGUGACAACCAUCCCCACGAUAGGUUUCAAUGUGGAGACGGUAGAAUAUAAAAACAUCAGCUUCACAGUCUGGGAUGUCGGUGGCCAAGACAAAAUCAGACCUUUGUGGCGACAUUAUUUCCAGAAUACCCAAGUGAAAUGUAAAGUUUGCCAUCGUAGCCAUUGUGUACAGCUCCGUGGUGUUACGUGCGGAUAAUGCCGCACAGCCACAGCCUCCAUCCGUCUCCGGAACUCUGCAUCCUGUGAAGCUGAAGCUGUGCAGGAAGCAGUAACUCCUCGUCUUCACCCGCCAAGCUCCCGCCAGCCACUCGGCUUGUCCCAGUUUCAGUGCUGCCCAUGGGUCCAGAUGGUGGGAGCCUGGUUCCGCCAGAUGAGUUGCCGUCAGCUCUCGUGGCGAGGCUGUGCCGUCGGGAGUUACAUGUUGGUGGCUUCCUGAAUGUUGUUCCUUCUGCGUGUCUUAGCUAAAAUCCUCAGCAAAGAAUUCCCUCAUCGAAUAUUUGUGCUAGAGAGGCAGAGAAAAUCCCUUCUUUUCUUUCCCUGUAUUGAUUUUCUUUUUUUUUUUUUUAAGAUUUUUAUUUAUUUAUUUGAGAAGUAGAAUUACAGUGAGAGGCAGAGACAGAGAGAGGUCUUCCACCCACUGGUUCACUCCCCAGAUGGCCACAGUGGCCAGAGCUGAGCUGAUCCGAAGCCAGGAACCUGGAGCUUCCUUCAGGUCUCCCAUGUGGGUACAGGGGCCCAAGGACUUGGGCCAUCUUCUACUGCUUUCUCAGGCCAUAGCAGAGAGCUGGGUCGGGAGAGGAGCAGCCAAGACUAGAACUAGCACCCAUUUGGGAUGCUGGUGCCAUAGGCGGAGGAUUAACCUACUAUGACACAGCGCUGGCCCACCCUAUAUUGAUUUUUCUCUACUUGAUACCCUCGCGACUUCCCUGGUGGUGCUUAGGUUUUUAUAUCUCUGUGUUUCUGUCCCAUUGUGGCUGAUUGUUUCAGUAGCCAGAGUGUCCGUUUGUCUUGGAUUGGUUCCUGCACCCUGGCUGGGCCACUGUGCUUUCUCACCGGUAGCAGGACAGGAACACGGGGGCCGUGGAACUCUGGGAGGGUUAGGCAGUCUCUUCUGUCUCUGUGUCUGCAUCUUACAGUGGAGGUGUGAGUACUGCCUGCAGCUCUAGCGUUACAGGAGAUCACUUUGUAAUACAAAUGCCUCAUUUCGUGUCUGCAAGGUAGUACGUAGGCAGGUAGCAGCCCAGCUUGUAUGAGAUUUUACCUCCCCAUCCUCUGGUGGGAUUCCGUACUUUCCCCUGUCGAGUUUUCCCACUCCGACACCGAGCUGGAGUGCCGUUUUGUCUUCAGUCUCCUGUUGUAACAAGCCCGUGUUGCCGUGAUGGCAGAGAGCUGGCUGUGUUCCAGGGCCGUGGGCCGGGUAAUUUGGACCCUGUGAAGUAGCAAACGGGAGCCCUUUGAAGAAUGCAUUUGCUGUGUGUGGCUGGACCACAUGGCGCAGCCACGAAUAGCCCUGGAUGCUGCCACUGUUUUAUCUGCCAACCCCCGAAAGGUCAGGCUGUCUUUUCAUUUGAAUUUUAUUCAUCAGUAUGUUGAGUGUGAGAACUUAAUGGAUGUUUUUAGCUCUCUAUUAAGACAUUUAAGUGUGUAGGUUUCACUUGUAUAGAUUGGAAUUUGACUGUUUAUGUGAUUUUUUUAAAAAUUAAUACAUUAAAUAGAAUGCAUUUAACAGUCCAUUAGUUCUCAAGUAUAGAUAUUUUUUUCUCCUUGACUGAAUGUUCAGUUAUUUUAAUUUGUUGAAUGGCAAUAUAAUCUGCGUAGUUUAAAAUUCAAAAAUUAGAUUGUCCCUAACCACUCAGUUCUUUUCCCAUAGAUGACCCUUCUCUUUUUUUCUUUUAAGUUGGGAUUGGGCGAUAAAGAUUAGUAUUUAAAUCUUUUUUUAAACUUAUGUGAAAGGCAGAGAGAGAGAGAUCAAUCUUCCAUCCACUAGUCACUCCCCAAUGCCUGCAAUGGCCGGGACUGGACCAGCCUGAAGCUAGGGGCCAGAAACUCCCGUCUGGUCUCCACGUGCGUGGCACGGACCAAGUAUGCGGGCCGUCAUCAGCUGCCUCCCAGGAUGCACAGUUAGCAGGAAGCUAGGCUGGGAGCUGACGGAAUCCCAGGCAUUCUGAUACGGAACGUGGCUGUUCCAAGUGGCGGCUUUAACCGGCUUAGCCACAACGCCCUCCCCUAGGGGACCACUUUGGUUUGUUGUGUGUCUGUCGCGUCCUUGUGGGGGUGCUGCUUCCCCUGGUCCGUGAACUUGUUGCUUAGUAGGGAAAUAGAGAGAAAAGCCCGAAAAAGUACAAAAGCUGAAGUGAAUUUAUGUGUAAUAAGGGACAAAAACUCCCCGUGCAGACGAGGGGCCCAGAGCUGGGAGUCCAUUGCCCCCGUGGGCUGGUCUCUGUUAAUGUUAUUUCUUUCUCCAUCCCGGCUUAUCUGUGACGGACUGGCCUUCACUUAGUGCACACAGUAGGGGUCAUGUUUGGGUUGGCUCUGCCACCUCUGUCCAUGAGUGAGGGAGGGGCGGGGUCUGUAAUUGGAUCCCCUGGAGGGGUAGAAUUUCCUGGAAUUCUCUCGGUCUACUGUCUUCUUCUAACCCUGCCUCAGAGGCCCCCUGUGCUUCCAUGUCCAAAUGCUGUACACGUAUACAAGCGACUGCAGGUGUGUGUGCACGUGUGUUCAUUUCCCCUUUAGAAACCAUUGCACGGGUGUUCGGGGGUAGGUUGGCCUUUUCCAGGUUCUUCUGGUUCAGGAGUGUUCGUCUGCUGCUCGGCUCUUAGGUGAGGGUCCUGUCGUGGGGCCUGGUGGCAGAGGGGUCCCAGGUCAGCCUCAGCCCGCUCCACUUGGCAGGGCUCGCCGUGCGUCUGUGUCAUCUGGCUGGCUUAUUCAUGAUCCAGGCUGGAACUGCUGACUGCACGUGAAACCUUUAGGGGAGUUUUGAACGUUUUGCAGUUUUUCAUUUCAUGGGUUGAACGGGCGUGACUGCCAGGGUAGGCUGUCGGGAGCCGCGGGGUUGGGCAGCUGGGGGCGGGGCUGGAAGCACAGGGAAGAGCAGGGGGUCAGCGCUGGCCCUCUCCGAGACCUGGGGAAGCCUCGGGUCAGAGCGUCCUUUCUGCGGUGUCCCCACAAGCUGGCUCCAGCAGGACACUGGUGCGUCCAGGACAGGAGCUCUGCCGGCCUCUUUGUUUUUCCCCCCAAGGAAACCUUUUAUUUAAGGAAUACAAACGCCAUGUGUAAGUACUUUAGGAAUAUAGUGAUUCUUCCCACCAC